UAUCUGGCUUACCAGUUGGGUUUCUGAUAGUCGGAACUCCAGACAACCCAUAAUGGGUGGUAUUUCAUCGUUUGAGUAUAGGUAGCAUCUAAACAUUUCGUGUUGACUACGCGAUAAGCAAGACGCUAGUCAUCACCAGACAGCCGUCGGGCUACCGUAGGCCUAGCCAGCCUAGGGCUUACGCACGCUCUUCCUGGCUCAUGGUAAUUUCGGUUAGGCCCUCUUGGUAGGAAUUCUUAUUCUGCUGAGGACAUCUGUCAACAUUAGCGACGUUUCUUUAUAAGUAUGUGACGACAGCUUCGUUGGAAUUCAUCUUUCCUACACUUUGUCGACUUGCCUCAUCACAUUAGUGGCAUCAAGCGCAUUUGAAUAUACAAGAUUCAAUCCAUCGGCGGAUAAUAUGCAAAACCAAGAUACCUUUGAGCUGUACUCGUUCUGGUGUUCCUCAUGCUGUCAGCGGAUCAUAAUCACAGCUCAUCUCAAAGGCAUCACGCUCAAAUAUAAUUAUGUCGAUCUGAGCGCAAGAGGACAUCAUGACGCAAAAUACAAAGAUGAACUGAAUCCAAGUGCUAGUGUGCCGACCUUGGUUGUGCAUCACCCCGACGGCACCAAGACCAUUAUCAGACAAUCCAUGACAAUCCUCGAGUACUUUGAGGAAAGAUUCCCGAACCAAAGCCCUCUGCUGCCACCUGUCUCAGCUUGGCAGGAUCGCAUCAAGGUACGCGACCUAGUCAACAUCAUCGCGAUCGAUGUUCAGGCGCCUACCAAUUCCCGGAUUGCCAAGCGUGUCAGGUCCGUGCGGGAUAACGUGGAGGAUCAGGUCAGCUUCGUUAGGCAGGCAUUCACAGACGGCUUCCAGGCGUAUGAAGCCCUGAUCUCCGCAUCCAGCAAGUUUUCGUUCGGCGAUGAAGUGUCACUGGCCGAUGUUGUGUUGGUUCCCGCGGUCGAUCAGGCAUUGAUGUACAAAAUGGAUUUGGACUUCGUGCCCAAUCUCCUCAGAGUCUAUCACUCACUAAAAGAGCUAGAGGCUUUCAAAGCUGGAGAUGGAAAGAACCAGGGUGAUACCCCGGAGCAGUUCCGGGCCGCUUCCCAGUAGCUCUGGCCAGUAGGCGGAGAGUCCCAUUCGGCGGGUCCUAUAUGCAUCUGCCGGGACACGUUUGUAUAUACCAUAUCUGCCGCACGAUGAGUUGAUAAUUCUGUAACUAACUGAACAGUUCCAAUGGCGAAUAGAUAAUUUAAUAGAGU